UGCGCGAUAUCCAGUUUGAGACACAAUUUGCACCGGAGCGAAUGUAUUGGGGGCAUUGCCGUUUAGCAUGCGUUACGUAAAGCAAGAAAUUGUGAUUUGACAAUGCGGAAUUGAUUAAGUCAAUUUGUCUGUUAUUUCAAGCUGACUGUUACAGUCAAAUUAUAUUCGAUUCAUCAGAAGAUUCGUCAUGGACAACUUGGAAAAGCAACUGAUCUGUCCAAUAUGCCUGGAAAUGUUUACGAAGCCUGUGGUCAUUCUACCAUGUCAGCACAACCUAUGUCGGAAGUGUGCCAAUGAUAUAUUCCAGGCCUCCAACCCCUAUCUUCCAACAAGAGGAGGGUCGGUAACUUCCGGUGGCCGCUUCCGAUGCCCCUCCUGUAGGCAUGAGGUAGUGCUCGACCGGCAUGGUGUUUAUGGGCUCCAGAGAAACCUGCUGGUGGAAAAUAUCAUUGACAUGUUCAAACAGGAGUCCACCAGCAGCAGCAGCAGCAGCAAGCCCACCACGGAAAGACAGGAGGAUCAGCCCAUGUGUGAGGUCCACAAGGAGGAGAGGAUCAACAUCUACUGUGUGACCCACGGCGUCCCCACCUGCUCCAUGUGCAAGGUGUUUGGGGCUCACAAGGACUGCGAGGUGGCUCCUCUCACCAGCAUCUUCCAGACCCAGAAGACAGAGCUGUCAGACGGCGUAGCGAUGAUGGUGGGGAACAAUGACAGGAUCCAGGGAAUCAUCAGUCAGUUAGAGGAGACCUGCCGGACCAUAGAGGAGAAUGGUAGGAGGCAGAAGUCCCAGGUGUGCGAGAGAUUCGACCAGCUGUACACCCUCCUGGAGGAGAAGAAGAGAGAGAUGAGUGGGAAGGUCACGGGCGAGCAGGAGGAGAAGCUCAACUACAUCCGCGGUCUGACCAGGAAGUAUGGCGACCACCUGGAGGAGUGCUGUAAGGUUGUGGAGACAGGCAUCCAGACUAUGGAGGAGCCUGAGAUGGCAGUGUUUCUACAGACAGCUAAACCUCUUCUCAAAAAGAUUGGGGAAGUGUCAAGUACAUCUCACCUGGACAAGGUGGAGCGUGGCUAUGACAACAUGGAUCAUUACAAAGUCAACUUUAAGAAGGAGGGACUGGCUAUACAAAAUAUCGACUUCAUAGAAGAUGAUGAUGAUGAAGAUGAUGAAGAGGCUGUGGAUGAAGGAGAAGAAGGUGCCAAUGCUGGAUUGGGGACCCAGGCCGCACCUCUGGUCACCUCCCCACAGAGUGCUUCCAGGAGUGCUGCCCCGCCCUAGCACCCAUGCACCCAGGCGGAGCUAAACCCACCUAGGAGAACGUGACCUGUAGCCUCUGAUCUGAGUUCAGUUCUGAGGAGAUUUUCUUUGGGGGGAUCAGCACAGGUGAAUCUCUAUGGUUUACCUCUUGAGCGCUGGAGGGGUGAUACCCACCUGCGGUCAUUUUCUACCUGGAUCAGAGAGUGAACAUGGGGAGAGAUGGGAAAGUCUGGACAGAAGUUUUCCUGGGUCUCACUUCAAUGAGUCUGAUUAGGUGGAACAGGGUUGGACUAGAUUGUUUACCCAAUUGCAACUAUUAACCUGGUCAACUUCACGAAUGGAGUACUUAUUUGGGGUAAUUAAAGCAUGUAUGAAUCAUUCAUUACCCACUUUUGGUUUUCUUUUAGAUGCUUUAUACAGAACAAUUAUUUUUUCUAUGCCUAAAUG